GUCAGUCCCCCACCGCGUGGGCAUCUCUUAAGCUCUCACUCUUGCGCUGCCUUGAUGUCAGACGCUCCCCGAAAGGAGGAAACUGCCCGCCUUGUUCUGCUGUUCUUUGGUACCGAAGGAACUUUUUUUUUUUUUAUCUGACAGGAAGGCAAAUCACAGAGGACAGCCAUAAAUCCGACAGACUCGUCUCGUGUCUUUUCGGGGAUUAAUCUGACUGGGACUGGACGUAAAGCCUGGUGGCCGGGGGUAUGGAUUUUAACCUGCUGAAUGACAGCGAAGCCCGCAGCCCAGCGCUGUCACUCUCUGACUCCGGGACCCCCCAGCAUGACCAGGGAUGCAAGGGCCAGGAGAACAGCGACAAUGAGAAGUCCCAUCAGAACCAGACGGACGAAUCGAACCCGGAGGACGGCUCGCUGAAGAAGAAGCAGCGCAGGCAGCGGACGCACUUCACGAGCCAGCAGCUCCAGGAGCUCGAGGCCACGUUCCAGAGGAACCGCUACCCGGACAUGAGCACGCGCGAGGAGAUCGCGGUGUGGACGAACCUGACGGAGGCGCGAGUCCGGGUGUGGUUCAAGAACCGGCGUGCCAAGUGGAGGAAGAGAGAGAGGAACCAGCAGGCUGAGCUGUGCAAGAAUGGUUUUGGCACGCAGUUCAAUGGACUCAUGCAGCCCUAUGAUGACGUGUACUCAGGCUACUCUUACAACAACUGGGCCACCAAGGGCCUAGCCAGCAGCCCACUGUCAGCCAAGAGCUUCCCCUUCUUCAAUUCCAUGAACGUCAGCCCCCUGUCCUCACAGCCCAUGUUUUCCCCACCCAGCUCCAUCUCCUCCAUGAACAUGGCCCCUUCUAUGGUUCCCUCAGCUGUGACCGGUGUGCCCGGCUCUGGCCUCAACAACCUGGGCAACCUCAACAACCUGAGCAGUCCCGCGCUGAACUCAGCCGUGUCCGCUAGUGCCUGCCCCUACGCAGGCGCGGCUGCUCCCUACGUGUACCGGGACACAUGCAACUCCAGCCUGGCCAGUCUUCGGCUCAAGGCCAAGCAACAUGCCAACUUUGCCUACCCAGCGGUGCAGAACCCUGUGUCCAACCUCAGCCCCUGCCAAUACGCAGUGGACCGACCGGUAUGAAGACCCCUUCCAACCCAGCCCCAUCUGCGUUCACUGACUUUGAGCAACCGCACAAGAUGGACUAGUUGAUAACACGUUUUUUUAGGACAACGUGAACAACAAGAAUAAGUUCCUCCACAAGAUCCAUGUUACACUGGCCCAUACAGUGCUUCAAAGGAAUUCUAAAAAUUCAUGGAGGCUUUGUUGAUGACCCGACCAACUUUUACAAAGGAUUUCUAAACCGUAUCCAUUAUUUUAGACUGCAUGAGUAGAGUAAGCUGAUAAAAUUCAUUGAACAUUUAAAACAAUACUGGUGGCCAACAGUGGCAUACAUUAAAUCAUUAGUGCCACUAAAACCAUUGAAAAGGGGACCUAUGGUUACACAAUAGGCUACAGGAUGUAUAUAAUUGACUUUUUUGUUUUGUAUGUGAAAAAAUAUCUAUAAAUUGUAGUACUUUGAAGAUGAAAAGCAUGUUCUUCAAGAGCAGGACCUAGACUGAUGUACUAUGAGUACAUCCUUUAGGAAUUUUGAUCCUUGUUAUGAAUUCCAUUCACCCAGGCAGGUCAAAGGUUGCUGUCGGGCAGAAGAGGAAUGCUGGCUGUGAGCAGUCUCACAAACAAAAGACAUGAAAAGAAACAAACACUUUCCACAUUCAACCUUUAAAAGAAGAAACUAAAAGCCAUUGAAUACAUAGAUUUGUGUGGUGUUACAAAAAAGGGAGUCCAUGACUGUAAAAAAAUGUAUGUAAGAGUGCAGUUGUUAUAAAAUAAGCUUUUCCUGGUGUAGCCUGCUUUGUCUCAUUAAAAAGAAUGUUUUAUGAAUAGCACCUGUAUUUGAAU